CAACUAGUAUUUUAGCAGAAUUGAUUGAUUAUAGAAUGGGGAAUGAUCCAUAUGAUUAUGAUUCUUUUUUGCAAUUUAAUGGAAAUGUUUUGAAUUUUUUGGAGUCAACAAUUGGAGUUGGGGCCUGA